AUGGAUGUCUCUAGUUCACAGUCUGAAAUUUCAAAACAGAUACAAAAGGUGAUAAACGAUUUACUCCUAAAACUGAGUGCAAAGUCUUCGCAAUACAAGUAUGUGGUCAACGUUAGUUUGGUGAGUGGAUCAGCCAAGGACUGUAUGGGGUUCAUGGGUAGUUCCUGGGAUUCGUCUAAAGACGGUACUUCUACAUUUCAGAUUGAGUUUGGCGAGAAAACGUUGGUGGUUACUGUGAUUUGGAUAUAUAGUUCGUGA